CUGUGGACACUGGUUCUGCAGACAGUGCAUCACCUCAUACUGGGACCAGUCUGCUUCAUCAGGAGACUCCACCUGUCCCCAGUGUGGAGAAAGAUCCAGAACAAGAGCUGGACUGCAGACAGUCAGUCAGACUAACACUGCACCAAUGAAUGUUGUUCUGCGGGAGGCUUUAGAUGAACAUAAGAUCAGUCUGAGGAGGAGAUGUGAACGUGUGACUGAAGGAACUGAAACAGGAAGUGAUGAAACAGGAAGUGGAACCCUCCUCCACAGGAUCUACACUGAGUUGUACAUCACAGAGGGACAGAGUGAAGAGGUUAAUACCCAACAUGAGGUGAGACAGCUAGAGACAGCUUCCAAGAUGGAGACCCUCCAUGACACUCCAAUCAGGUGCUGCGACAUCUUUAAAGCCUCACCUGACCAACAGAGACGCAUCAGAGUGGUUCUGACCAACGGCGUCGCUGGAGUUGGAAAAACCUUCUCGGUGCAGAAGUUCACUCUGGACUGGGCAGAGGGCUCCGAAAACCAAGAUGUCAGUCUGCUGGUUCUGCUGUCGUUCAGGGAGCUGAACCUGAUCAGAGAUGAGCAGUACAGUCUUCUCAGGCUGCUCCAUGUUUUCCAUCCAACAUUACAGAAGGUGACAGCAGAGAAGCUCGCUGUCUGUAAACUUCUCUUCAUCUUUGACGGCCUGGAUGAAAGCAGACUUUCACUGGAUUUCAACAACCAUGAGGUCGUGUCUGAUGUCACACAGGAGUCAUCAGUCAGCGUGCUGCUGACAAACCUCAUCCAGGGGAAGCUGCUUCCCUCGGCUCUCGUCUGGAUCACUUCCCGACCUGCAGCGGCCAAUCAGAUCCCUCCUUCAUAUGUCGACAGGGUAACAGAAGUACGAGGCUUCACUGACGUCCAGAAGGAGGAGUACUUCAGGAGGAGGUUCAGUGAUGAAGAUCUGUCCAGCAGAAUCAUCUCACACAUCAAGACCUCCACGAGCCUCCACAUCAUGUGUCUGAUCCCAGUCUUCUGCUGGAUCACUGCUACAGUUCUGGACCACAUGUUGACUACAAACCAGAGAGGAGAGCUGCCCAAGACCCUGACUGACAUGUACUCACACUUCCUGCUGGUUCAGACAAAGAGGAAGAAGCAGAAGUACGAUGAGGGACGUGAGACGAGUCCACAGGAGCUGAUGGAGGCUGACAGGGAAGUUCUUCUGAAGCUGGGGAGGCUGGCGUUUGAACAUCUGGAGACAGGAAACAUCAUGUUCUACCAAGAAGACCUGCAGCGCUGUGGUCUUAAUGUCACAGAGGCCUCGGUGUACUCAGGAGUUUGUACAGAGAUCUUCAGAAGAGAGAGUGUGAUCUUCCAGAAAACAGUCUACUGCUUUGUUCAUCUGAGCUUUCAGGAGUUUCUGGCUGCAGUCUACAUGUUCAACUGUUACACCAACAGGAACACAAAGGUCCUGGAGGACUUCCUGGGAGGUUGGAGGUAUUACAGUUACCCAUCCCUGGAUGACUUCCUGAGGAGAGCCAUGGAGAAAUCCCUUGAAAGUAAAAAUGGCCACCUGGACCUGUUUGUUUGCUUCCUUCAUGGCCUCUCUCUGGAGUCCAACCAGAGACUCUUAGGAGGUCUGCUGGGUCAGACAGACAACAGUCCAGAAAUCAUCCAGAGAGCCAUCAGCAACCUGAAGGAGAUGAACAGUGAUGAUGUCUCUCCUGACAGAAGCAUCAACAUCUUCCACUGUCUGAUGGAGAUGAAUGACCACUCAGUUCAUCAGGAGAUCCAAGAGCUCCUGAAGUCAGAGAACAGAUCAGAGAAGAAACUCUCUGUGAUCCACUGCUCAGCUCUGGCCUACAUGCUGCAGAUGUCAGAGGAGGUUCUGGAUGAGCUGGACCUGAGGAGGUACACCAAUUCAAAGGAGGGACGUCUGAGACUGAUUCCAGCUGUGAGGAACUGCAGAAUUGCUCGAUUUCCUGUUUGUAAACUCUUAGAGACUCACUGUGAAAUUGUGGCUUCAGCUCUGAGGUCCAACCCCUCCCAUUUGAGGGAACUGGACCUGGGUUACAGCGAACUGCAGGAUUCAUGUGUGAAGCAGCUGUGUUCUGGACUGAAGAGUCCAAACUGUAAACUGGAGAUUCUGAGAUUGUGGGACUGCAGAAUGUCAGAUAUCAGCUGUGCUUCUCUGGUCUCAGCUCUGAAUUCCAACCCCUCCCAUCUGAGAGAGCUGGACCUGGGCAUCGACAACCAGCAGGAUUCAGGAGUGAAGCUGCUGUGUGACUUUUUACAGAGCAAGAACUGCAGACUGGAGACUCUGAGAUUGUGUUUCAACAGCUUUUCAGAGAUCAGCUGUGCUCUUCUGGCCUCAGCUCUUAAGUCCAAUCCCUCCCAUCUGAGAGAGCUGGACCUGACAGGAGGGGCCCGGCAGAAUUUAGACAUGAAGCUGCUGUGUGAUCUGAAGAAGCGUCCAGACUGCAGACUGGAGACUCUGAGCUGGAGGUGGUUUCUGUGUGAGUGAUGAGAAAGGUGGAGGUGUUGAGAGGAUCAGCUGUGUCCUGAUGAUCCAGAGAGGUUGAAGCAGCACCAUCAGCUGGUGGGUGGAGAGGCUCUGACUGGGC